AUGGAGCAAAAGGAUGAGAUCGAGGCAGAGACACUGACAUCUGGGCAUGAUUUGGCCGACAAAUUCCAGAGCCCCACGGAUGAAACAACUCCAACACAGACCGCCCAUCCGUUCAAAAAGUGGAUGGACACCUUUCGAACCCGGAAAUAUGUGCCUUCAAGCAUUCCUGAGCGAUUUGUGGAGGGCUGGCCUGAUGCUACACAGACAAAUAACGCUCAUCUCUUGGCACAGGAUCCGCAGUGGGAGAGAAGCUCUGGACACUCGUCACAUCUGGGCUUGAAGACUACCACGAUGAGCACUGCAAGCCAAAGUGAGGCGAGGUCGAGGGGAACAACACACAGCACGACGACUCAAAGUGUACUAUCUGAUGUACGGGCUUCGGGAGACAGCUCUCGACCAAGCUCCAGCCACUAUGUGGAUGAGGCAGCGGUAAUCCGGGCCACCAAGAGGCGUCUAGUGCUGCAGGAACUGGUCACGACUGAGGACGAUUAUGUUCUUGGCCUCAAAGCUCUGACCGGGGUUCUCUCAAUCUUUAGUGCUCGUGCGCAGAUUCAGCGCAACAUUCAACAGAUCUGUCACAUCCACGAGAGUUUCCAAGGUCGACUGCAGGAUGCGUCACCUUUAUCGAGCCGCCAAGAUACAACAGAGGCUUCGGAUUUUGUUUCUCGUGGACUGUCGAAACGCCUUGGGGGCAUCGACCUCCGAGGACUCAAGAGUCUACCGAGUCGAUCGCUGAGAACCCGCAGCUUGAAAGCAGCAGUAGACCAACGCCGCAAAUCUUUGGUGGCAGACCCAUUUGAAGUAUUGGAAGUAGCACGGGAGAUCGAUAGAUUGUCUGCAUCUUUCUCAGCAUAUGAGGAGUUCUGUAGCAACUAUGACCUUCUAUCACAGGAUGUCGCUAUCCUGCGUCGUUCAAUCCCGAAUUGGUCGGUCUAUGAUCAAGGCAUUGAAGCACUGUCAAAAUCUGUAGCCUCUGUCAAUAGCCGCAGAAAUGAGGAGAACAAGUCAAUGUCGAUGGGCGAUUUAAUGAUAAAGGUUUAUAUUCUCACCUUCUUUUUUAUUCAAGCGCUAACCACACAACAGCCCAUCCAACGCCUGUGCAAAUAUCCACUGCUCCUCCAAGACCUUCUCCGAUACACACCAGUCAGUGAUUGUCCAACUUCCCAUGAUGCAAUCCGACAGAUCCUGGACAAUAUACGGACCCUAGUGACGCAGAUCAACUCGGCAACGGGCAAUCCGGUCAAUAAGGACCGCAUUCACAAGACACUGCUACUACAAGAGAAGAUUCGAUUCGCUGAUUCGUUCAUGCUACAAGAUGUAUACAAGGACCUUGGACCGAUGAUUCUUUGUGGGGUGCUACAUGUCACCUAUCAGACAUCGGAACUAAUUACUGGCGAUUUUAUGGUAUGCGUUUUGUUUAACAGUUACUUUCUUAUUGCAAAAGUCAUUGACGACUCCCACCGACUGGAAGUCGUCGCUUGUAUCUAUAUGGAUGAUUUGAAAAUGGACACCAUCCAGAAUGGACGGGGGAUUUAUUGCUAUGGUUGUCCGUUUUCAUGGAAGAUUAUAUUUCAAGACCAAGAGGAAAACUUCGAAUUUGUACUCAGUGCAUCAUCUGCGGCUGAAGAGAAACAUUGGAAAACUGAUACUUUGAAGUGUUCGGCGGCUUUGGCGGAAAUGGGCAAAUCAGGCACACGGGAACCUCGCAAGUACUCGCUCCUGGCCCUUCUUUUGGUGCCUUUGGAUCGGGCCAACUAUACAGUGGCCUCGCUCGCACGAAGGUCUAUGGAUGCCGUAGCGAUCUCACGCAAGUCCACGUCCCAACACGUAGUCAUUCGGAAAACACGCUGCCCACAGACCCAUGAUGAGUCCACUGAAUCGAGCAGUGAAAUUGAGCGGCCUAACUCCCCAAUUGCGCGAACUCCAUGGGUUGUGACUGCGAGACGAAUGGAUCGGAUCCGACUGGAACGACUUAUCUCAGAGGUCUACACGCGCGAUGUGUUGCCAUGGCCGGGAAUGGUUCUUGGACGAGGGGACCUAUUGUUCGGUCGCGGGUCAAUCAUGAGACAUCUUAGCUUACACAAAGGAUUCGCGAAACGGUCUAUCUCGGUCAGCACUUCUCACUCAGGGCCCGUGGUUACCGAGUCACACGCCGUUGAUGAUUAUAACGGGGAGGAAAAGGAAUUGGUCACAAGCCAGGAUGGGUGUGGUGACCAGCAAUCGCCUAUCACGGACUGUGAGUCUCCCAAGACACCUAUUUCAACAAUGGGGCGCUCCAAGACCGUCCGGUUUGGAGGUACGGCCAAAAAGUCACUGUCUUUACCUCGCGAGAAGCGACCGAGCCAGGACGACAAUCUCGAAUUGUCGCCCCGCAAAAAAUGGAGCUCACCGAUGACUCUGUUGAGCGCAUUGUCACCAAAGAAUCUCAUCCGGUCCCGAGCGGAGACAGGGACAGAGGAGUGA